AUGACCGUUGAUCGCUGGUCGACCAACUCCUCGCCCGCCGACGACGUCGACGGACACAACGACCCGAUAGACGAGCCCGAAAGAUCCACCAAGAACAAGUUCCGCACAGACGACAAGAACCAGAAGACACCACCACAGACUCGUCCCGCCCGCAGACGCGCCCUAAGCGCCCCACCCUCAGCAUUCCACAUGGAUCCGCAAGUUUCCAACCUCACAGUCGCCAGCCGCCACAAAGGUCUCGACGCUACCGCACCUGUCAUCGAGGUCCCUCCCCCCGUCGACACGGGCCGAGGCCGCGCCCACGAGCGACAUCUACCCCUCACCGCAUACGUCGCCCUGGACAACGGCGACGCACAACUUUCACUCCUCGAUACCGGAGCGAACCUCUCCGUCAUCGACGAGGCACUUGCACACAAGCUCGGCCUGGCGCCCUUCAACGGCCCGACGCUCCACAUCGACGGCGUCGGCUCCGGACACACGUCAGGCUGGGUGACCUCUCGGUUGAUCAUUCCCGCUACAAGGCACGGACGACCGGUGCAACUGGCGACCGAGGCCGACUUCCACGUCCUCCCCGACUUCGGCCCGGGCCUUUGUCUCGGUCUAGACGUAGUCACCGCCCUGAAUGCAGUGCUCGACGUCCCUUCCGCCUCCGCAGAGGCGUUCGGCGCAACGUUCCCUAUCUUCGACACAAAAGGGAGGCCGCUGACCUCGAAACGCGCCGGACGUGCUCUGACGGCGAAGAGCAACACGACCAUUCCACCGCGAUGUCACGCGUGGGUUCCUUUCGACGCCCAUCUCCGGCCGGCGACCGACUACGUCAUCCAGAGCAGUGUGUGGACCGACGCCGAGGAGACCACCAACCUCGCCCUCCCGUCGGCCGUGAUCGACGACGUAACCGUCGCUAUCAUGGUAACCAACUUCGGCGACGACCCCGUCACGAUCAGGAGCAACACACGCCUCGGCACCGCCUUGCCCCUCGUCGCCGGCGGCGCAGGAGUCGGCGCAGGAUCGUUCACCCUCCAGAGUCGCCAGACGCCCGACGGCUCCCCAAGCAGCUCGGCCACGUGCCACACCAGCACUGGGGGUCCCGCACCUAGCGGCGGUGUAGGCGAGACGCCCGAUGAACAAGAAGGGAGAUCGCCUCCAACCGACUCCGCAACAGAUGACGCACCAGAGGAGGAAGUCAUGGCGGACCCCAGCAUCGCGCCAACGCCGAUCGACUUUGCGGAGGAUCCCCUCGCCAGACUCGCACCCGAUCCGACGGCGACGCAGAAGAUCGAUGGCGCGUUCAACGUUGGUCUCAACCAGGAUGGCAAACCGCAUCCAGAGAUCGUCAGCCUGCUCAGACGCCACCGCCAAGCCUUCUCGCUCGACGGCAGACCAGGUCGCGUCACGCUGCCGGGCACCGCGAUGCCGAUACCACUGCUCGAAGGCAAGGAGAUAACGCCAGAAGCCCCAAGGCGCUCCAGCCCCGAGAAGCGCAAGAUAGAGAGCGCGCAGAUCGAGCAGCUACGCGACUGGGAUGUGAUCGAACCGUCCACCUCACCCGCAUCCUUCCCAGUCCUACUCGUAAAGCAAGGCGCCAAAUGGAGAUUCUGCGUCGACUACCGGGGACUCAACAAGGUGUCCAAAGACGACCGGUACCCCCUGCCGCGCAUCGACGACAUCUUCGAAGCGCUCGCCGGCAACAGAUGGUUCUCCGGCCUGGACGCCAUCCGCGGAUACCAUCAGCUCGACAUCGAGGAGGCCGACAGGUGGAAAACGGCCUUCAUCUGCUCCGCUGGCCUUUUCCAGUACAAACGCGUCCCCUUCGGCCUCAAAGGCGCGCCCGCGUGGUUCCAACGCUUCAUGGAUCGGAUCCUCGGAAGGCUACGAUGGAUCCACGCCGUCGUCUACCUCGAUGACGUCGUCGUCUUCUCCAAGACGAUCGAACAGCACGUCGAAGCCCUGGACACCCUCCUCACCGCGGCGACGCAAGCCGGCCUCCGCUUCUCGCCUGACAAGUGCCACUUCGGCCUCCGCUCGCUCGCGCUCCUCGGGCGACAACUGUCCAGCGCCGGCGUGUCAGUGCAGCAAAGGAAGACGCAGGCGGUGCGGGACAUCGCAGCUCCGAAGACGCUUCAGGACCUCUAUCACGUCCUAGGGCUCUUCAACUACUACCGCGAGUUCAUACCGAGGUACGCCCAGCGCGCCCUACCGAUGACGCGACUGCUCAAAGGGCACCGGUACAAGCGGGUGGGCGACAGAGACAAGAAGUGGUCACUGGUCGACGAGCACGAUCAGCGCACGACGGCCUCACGCGUGGCUCUACAGUGGGGUCCCGAACAGCAAGCCGCCCUCGAUGACCUAAAGGACGCUCUGAGCUCGCCACCAACCCUCGCCUUCCCCGACUACACGCGACCUUUCAUCCUCUACACCGACGCCUCUCAAACAGCGUUCGCAGCCGCCCUCCAUCAGGACACCACCGCCCAGGCUUUUCCGCUGUCGUCAAUCACCCCUGCCACCACCGUGCCACUAUCGCUCGAGCGCAUCCGACAGGGCCAAGCGAGCGACACCGCUAUACGCGCCAUCCGGGCUCGCCUACAGGGUCGGUUCGACUCAGACACGCCGAGCGCGAGCGACGACGAGGACACCGACAGCGAGACAGACACGUCAGACGCAGUCGAAGCACCAACUGUCCUGACCGGGGGAGGCGGAAGCGCGCCACCCACGGCUCAACUCGAGGCACCGCACGAUGAGGAACACCCCGCGCCCGACACGACUCCGACAACGUCAGGCCGCAGCCGACCACGACCAGACGAUCACUUCGCCCUCCAAGAUGGCCUGGUAGUCUACGUCGGACCGCAUCGCACUCAGCGCAAGGUCUACCUUCCGUCAGCACUGCUCCACGACGCCCUUGCUGCGGCGCACGACCAAGGACAUUUCGGUCUAGCGAAAACGCUCCCCAGACUCGACGGACUCUACUACCCUCGACUCGCCACGCUUCUCCGCACCUACAUCGACAACUGUCCCCCGUGCUUGCGCACGAAAGCCAAGCCCCGGACCGGCCAGCUUUCCCUCGAGCGCACCGACGAGGCGUGCAAGCACGCGUUCCACUCGCUAUCGAUGGAUCUCGUCCUCGGGCUGCCCGUCAUCGACGGCCUGGACGCCAUCCUCGUAAUCGUCGAUAUGUUCUCCAAAACGCUGCUGACCGCCGCGUGUACCUCUACGAUCACGGCGGACGGCGUCUACCGCCUCUUCUCUCGCCUCGUCCUACGGCGCGGGUGGAACCCCAAAGUCAUCGUCACCGACUCCGACACCAGGUUCAUCGGCGAAUACGGUCGAGCAUUCGCCGCCCGCAUCGGCGCCGUCCUCCAACCAUCGGCGCCUUACCACCAGCAAGCCAACCCCGUCGAACGACACAUCCAAACGCUCAAACGCGUCCUGCGCACCCUCGCUCUGCAGUCGACGGGCACCUGGGUGGACGAUCUCGACGUGGCAGAGCCGGCGAUCAACGCCACUCCCUCGCUAGCCACCGGCUUCUCGCCGGACGACCUACUCUACAUCCACAAGCCCAACAGCGUCGAGCUUCCGUCAACCGCAGCCCUUGACGACCGACGCGUCGAGGCACGCGCGAGAGUCGAGGAGGCCGUACGGAACCUUCUCUCGUCACAGACCGCCGCCAAGGAACGCUUCGAUCGUCGCCACCAACCCCUGCCCGACCUCAGAGAGGGCGACAGAGUCUUCAUACGUCUGAAGGACAGACCCGUCCCGAUGGCAGGCACCGAACACCGCCUAGACCCCACCCUUCUCGGACCCUUCCCGGUCGAACAGGUCCUCUCCGACCACAGAGUCCGACUCGCCCUACCUCCGACUCUACGACUCGAUCCACACUUCGACCGUUCCCACCUUCAACCAUGCCCGCGGGACCCGGAUCCCUUUGGCAGACCGCUCGAGAGCUCGGCCGUCGACAACAGCGAAGAUGACGCUUCCGACACCCCCAGCCCAGCGCCACAAUGGGAGCUCGAACGAAUCGUCGGAACGAGAAACUACCGAGGCUACAAGCAGUAUCGAGUCCUGUGGAAGAACGACCCGAUGCCGACGUGGGAGUUCGAGGAUGACCUGCGUGAGGACAAGUGCGAUCAAGCCAUCUCCGACUUCCACGCCAACCUUGACGCCCUCCCAGCGCGACGGCGCAAGCGCAACGCCCGUCAAGCCUACACCCUUGUCGCCCAAGAUCUCGCCGUGUCCGACGCCGAGCUUUUGAUCCGCCACGAUCAGGCGCACCCCAGCCCCACGGAGCGCCCGAUCGCGUUCAUCUCCACACCCACCUCCGCGUCCGAGUCCAAACUCCUUGGCCUCGAACUCGAGAUGUCCUGCUUGGCGUGGGCGCUGCACCAACUCCGCCAUUACCUCGAGGGCGCCCCGGAGAUCAUCGUCGUAACGGACCACGCUCCUCUCGGCGCCGUCCUCAAAGCGUCCUCCAAGUCUCGCCGCCUCUUCACACCCCGCAUCGAGCGCCUACGCACAUACCUCCUUCCGUUCCUCGACUCACUCUCCUUCGUCCAUCGCGCUGGCAAGGCCCACGGCAACGUCGACGCCCUGUCCCGUCUGCCACACUCAUCCUAG